AUGAGAAAGUUAAUUAGGAGUCCCAAGCAGCAGUCAAAUUUACCUCCCAACAAAAAAAACACCGCUAAAAACGAAUUUGCUAAUAAUAUUCAAGGCAAAAUCUCUUUUCGCUGUGUAGCUAGCCAACAUUUAGCCGGUGAUUAUCAGCACCCUAAUCUAAGUUAUUUCUUCCGUUCCGCUUUGCAUGCUUACCAACAUGGCAUGACUUUAACUUAUCAACGAAAGAAUAAUCCAAGGAAAGAAGUAUCUUUUCGUUUGACAGAGGGAUUGUUGGCUUUCUAUAAUUCGCUUCCUGCUC